CACGCAGCCAUGGCGGGGGACGGCACCGACCAGCGGGCGCUGCAGUAUGAACAAACCCUGAUGUAUGGGCGCUACACCCAGGAGCUCGGGGUGUACGCCAAAGAGGAGGCUGCUCGGCUGAGGGAGAGCGGGCAGAGGCGAUCGGUCAGCGAUCGAAGCCGGACUCUGGACCUGCUGGAGUACGACAAGGGACGCUGUGCCAAGUGUCGCAUCUGCACCGUUCGCUGUCAGAAGUUCCUGAUCUCGCGGGUCGGGGAGGACUGGAUCUUCCUCAUCCUGCUGGGACUCCUCAUGGCCCUGGUCAGCUGGGCAGUGGACUUCUGCAUCGCCAUCUGCCUACAAGCACAGAAAUGGAUGUACGGUGGUCUGGACAGCAAUGUGUUCCUGCAGUAUCUGGCCUGGGUCACUUACCCUGUCGUCCUCAUCACCUUCUCUGCCGGCUUCACACAGAUCCUGGCCCCGCAGGCUGUCGGUUCAGGUAUUCCAGAAAUGAAGACCAUCCUGAGAGGAGUGGUGUUGAAGGAAUACCUCACCUUCAAAACCUUUGUGGCCAAAGUCAUCGGCCUCACCUGCGCUCUAGGCAGUGGCAUGCCGCUGGGCAAGGAGGGUCCAUUUGUACAUAUCGCCAGUCUGUGUGCCUCUCUGCUCAGCAAGUUCAUGUCUCUGUUUGGAGGAAUUUACGAGAAUGAGUCGAGGAACAUUGAGAUGCUGGCAGCAGCCUGUGCUGUAGGAGUGGGCUGCUGUUUUGCUGCCCCCAUUGGAGGAGUGUUGUUCAGUAUUGAAGUAACGUCCACAUUCUUUGCGGUGAGGAACUAUUGGAGAGGUUUCUUUGCUGCUACAUUCAGUGCCUUCAUCUUCAGAGUCCUGGCUGUUUGGAACAGAGACGAAGAGACCAUCACAGCCCUGUUUAAAACACGUUUCCGGCUGGACUUCCCCUUUGACCUCCAGGAGCUUCCUGCCUUUGCUGUCAUCGGUAUCGCCAGUGGUUUUGGUGGAGCACUAUUUGUGUACCUGAACCGACUUAUUGUCCAGUUUAUCCGGAAACAGAAGGCCAUCAACAGAUUCCUCAUGAAAAAACGACUGCUGUAUCCAGCACUGGUCACUUUACUUGUGUCCACAUUAACAUUUCCUCCUGGCUUUGGGCAGUUUAUGGCUGGAAAGCUCACGCAAAAGGAGUCUCUGGUGACUUUACUGGACAACCGGACGUGGUGCAAACAGGGCAUUGCUGAGGAGUUUGACUACAUUGGACACUCCGAAGCCUGGAAACACCCGCAGGUCAACGUCUUUGUCACCCUUGUCCUCUUCAUCGUCAUGAAGUUCUGGAUGUCUGCGCUCGCCACCACCAUCCCUGUGCCCUGUGGAGCCUUCAUGCCAGUGUUUGUCAUUGGGGCAGCUUUUGGUCGUCUGGUUGGAGAAAGUAUGGCAGCCUGGUUCCCAGAUGGCAUUCACACAGAUGGCACCAUCUACCCCAUAGUGCCAGGAGGCUACGCUGUUGUGGGUGCGGCAGCCUUGUCAGGAGCAGUCACCCACACGGUAUCCACAGCGGUCAUCGUGUUCGAGCUGACUGGCCAGAUCUCCCAUAUCCUGCCGGUGAUGAUAGCGGUGAUCUUGGCCAACGCUGUGGCCCAAUCCCUGCAGCCUUCCCUCUAUGACUCCAUCAUCAGGAUCAAGAAGCUGCCUUACCUUCCAGAGCUGGGCUGGGGACACCACGAGAAGUAUAAUAUCCGUGUGGAGGACAUUAUGGUGCGGGAUGUUCGGUACAUCACCCUCAACUGCUGCUACAGAGACCUCCACAACGUCCUGUUGAUCGGCCAACUCAAGACCCUGGCACUGGUGGAAUCAGCAGAGUCCAUGAUCCUGCUGGGCUCCAUUGAACGCGCCCAGCUCCAGUCGCUGCUCUCCCUGCAGCUCGGUCGAGCCAGACGGCUCGAGUACAUCCGGGAGAGAGCUGCUGCCGAGAAGAAACGCCUGUCAGUCAUUUCAAACCCAGGCAGCGAGGAUGACGGCCCACGAGUCAGUCAGGAGGUCCGCUUCCAGAUCUCUACUGAGGAAUCAUCCUUCAGUCCCACACAACCAAUACCUCAGAAGCCCCUCAAACCUGCUUUGAAGAGAGCGUCUGUGGUUGAGCGACCCACUGAGAUCCCAACCAAUUCACAGGAUAACUCGGGCAUUGCUUUGAAGAACCUGUUUUGUGCCAGUCCAGACACAGAGGCCCUGGAGAGCCCCGCGUCUCCUGAGCUCAGGAAGAUGCCCAAACGAGUCAGGAUAUCCGUCGUGGAUGAUGGAGAUAUGGAGGACGACAUGACCAUUAGAGAGAUUGCAGAGUGGGAGGAGCAGCAGCUUGAUGAGCAGGUCAACUUCAACAACUGCAAAAUCGACCCCGCCCCAUUCCAGCUGGUGGAGCGUACGUCGCUGCAUAAGACCCACACCAUCUUCUCGCUGCUGGGCCUCGACCACGCCUACGUCACCAGCAUUGGACGCCUCAUUGGGGUGGUUUCCCUCAAAGAGCUCCGCAAGGCCAUCGAGGGCUCAGUGACGGUGAAGGGUGUGAAGGUGCGUCCUCCUCUGGCCAGCUUCCGGGACAGUGGCACCAGCAGCAGCGAGAACGAGGCCACCGAGCUCCACAAGCUGUGGGACCGCCACAAGAGCAUGUCGCUGCCCCGUGAACACACCCCCUCUGAGUCCGACGAGAAAUCACAGUGA